AUGAUCAAGGUGAUUCUCAUAUUCAACAACCCAGGGAAGCCGCGGAUCUCCAAGUUCUACCAGCCCUACAACUUAAUUCAGGUAUUUGUGGAAACAGUAGACAAGUGUUUUGAAAAUGAUUGUGAACUGGAUUUAAUUUUCCAUGUGAACAAGGUUCACAAUAUCCUUGCAGAAAUGGUGAUGAGGGGAAUAGUCCUGGAGACCAAUAUGAAUGAAAUUGUCGCACAAAUUGAAGCACAAAACAAACUGGAGAAAUCUGAGGCUGGCUUAGCAGGAGCUCCAGCUUGUGCUGUAUCAGCUGUAAAGAAUAUGAAUCUUCCUGAGAUCCCAAGAAAUAUUAACAUUGGUGACAUAAGUAUAAAAGUACCAAACCUGCCCUCUUUUAAAUAAAAAAA